AUGCUCACCCAAGAACAAACAGUGUCCGGCCACUGCUGGACUCUUGAUGUGGCUCUUAUCAUUUCCCCGCGUCAUUCGCCAGGAUCUUCGCUGACCAUUGCCCUGUACAGCGUCUUCCGAAUCCCCCCUGCUCCUCGCCGGCGGAAACGCAAAUCCCGCGAAGACGACGUGCUUGCUCGCCUGAAGCACUACGAGGAGUUGCUCCGUGAUCAAGGCAUUGAUCCAACCACUCCGUCGACCACCCCUAGCAAAGUCGACACCACGUCCCCUCCCCUUGACGACGCCGACAAUUCCACUACGUCCAUAUCCAAGCCCACAGAGCCUCUUUGGGCGCCGGGCUCGCUUCACGGGAGAUUGAUCAUCGACCAGGGCAGGUCGCGUUUCAUCCAGAAUAAAUUAUGGACUACUGUCAGCGAAGAGCUCCAUCACAGCAAGGAUGUCAUCCCAGAUACCGAGAGCGAGGAUGAGCUGGGCACUCUUGCCGACGACAGUACCGAUUUUGUCCUCGGCGUGACACCGUACCCGACUCAGACAUCGAGUCUGCACCCAAGUCCAGACCAUGUCCUCAAACUAUGGCAGAUCUUCCUCACCAAUGUCAAUCCGCUAAUGAAGAUUGUCCAUCAACCUACCCUGCAGCGCUCCAUUGAGGAAGCCAUUCAGGACACCGGUCAUAUACCCCGGGGGCUUGAAGCCUUGAUGUUUGCUAUUUAUGGCGCUGCCGUUCUCUCCAUGCGCGACGGAGAAUGUCAAGCAACUUUUGGCGAGUCUCGGACAACUCUGCAAUCGAGAUACCGGUUGGGCAUACGCCGAGCCUUGACAAAGGCACGAUUUCUGGCGACUUCGGAUAUGGUUGUCCUACAAGCACUUGUCAUCUAUCUUCUCACUACGCGUCAAAUUCUGGAUGCUCGUACCCUAUGGACGCUGUCAGGUGUUGCAAGUCGCAUAGCCCAAGGCAUGGGCGUGCAUCGCGACGGCACCGUCCUUGGCCUUCCUCCAUUCGAAACCGAAAUGCGCCGCCGGCUUUGGUGGCAAAUCAACUUGCUCGACUUUAGGGCAGCUGAGCUGAGUGGUUUUGGCGGCAUGACGGAAGUCAACUGGUGGAACACCAAGACGCCAUCCAAUGUCAAUGAUGUAGAUAUUUGGCCAGGCAUGAAAGAACAACCUGUCGACCAGACUCGCCCAACAGAGAUGGUGGUCUGCUUGCUCCAUUAUGCGGUCGGCGCCUUCUGGCGGCGAAAACUUCUGCAGGCAGGCACCCCCGAAGAAGAGCUUGGCCGGGCUAUGCAGCGCUGGGUGGCGACGAAGACGCUGCACGAAAAGGAUGCUUUUGUUGAUGAAUUCCAGGCCAACUUGGAAGAAAAGGUGCUGAGAUAUUGUGACCCUUCGAUACCCCUCGAGAUGAUGGCGUUGAUCAUUGGACGCACAAUGUGCAAGAGCAUAAGAUUCAUGGCGCACCACCCUCGGCGCUACGCAAACGAGAAGGAUAUCCCCGACAGCGAGCGCCAAUUUCUAUGGACAACAAGCAUGGCACUGAUGGAAGCUGACAACCUGGCGCAUUCUCAUCGGUCGCUGCAGCGGUUCAGUUGGCAUAUCGACGCCGGAUUCCAGUGGCAUUCCUUUAUAUUUGCGUUAGGAGAGCUCAUAGCCAGGCCAACCGGCGACGGCAAGGACGAUGCGUGGGUACAGAUCGAGGACGUUUUCAGAAACCAUCCUGCAUUCAUAUCCGACCAGAAGAAGCCGCUUCACAUUGCAAUCGGCAAUUUGUGCUUGAAGGCCUGGCGAGCCCGCGAAAAGGCCCAAGGGGAAAAUCCCCAGGGGUUACAAUGGCUCGAUACACCGCAAUUCAUUCUUCAGCUUCGUAAAGAGCGAGAGGCUCAAGAAGGGAAGGCGGACGUCAGUCGAGCCGCUGCAUUCCACUUGAUUUCCACUCUCCAAGCUGAAGACACGAAUCUGGAAGUAGAGGCGCAGCAACUGAAUAAUGCCACCGCACAGACCAUGCCCAGCGUCCAGCAAUUCGAACAACCAGUCAAUACAUUGGACCCUACAUUUUCCCCGCAUGAUUUCUCUGUCAUGGACAAUAUGGCAAUGGACUGGCAAAGAUGGGAUACACUCCUCAAUGAUUUUGAACUUCUUACACAGCCGGCCACCAUGAAUCCUGGGCACCUACAGCACCUCGCAAUGUACGGCCAACAAGGCCAUUCGUGGCCGUUGUCGCAAAUGUAUGACAACUCUUGA